AUAGAAUGUCUGAGAGUGCGGCAUAAGUGCUGUGACGACUUGACUGUCAUCGAGCAUUCGAAAUUGUAAGUUGGACUAAUUAGAAAGAAUAACAAGAAUAAAUAUCAGCACCUCAACAUGGCAACCGCAACGUUAGAGUGCGACAUUUGCACCGAAGAAUUUGACUCUGGCAACCACAAGCCACUUUGUCUGAACUGCGGCCACACAUUUUGCCUCACCUGCAUUAUGGAGCUAACAACUUUAUCCGAUAUUUGUAUCUGUCCUAAAUGCAAGAAAGAAACUGCCCAAGAUAUCGACAAAAUAUUGGUUAAUUACGCAUUAAUCCCAUCUGAAAACAAACCGUAUCAACGCUUACCACUUUUACCGUCAGAAACGCCAUGUCUUCAGCACCACAAGGCGCUGGAUUACCUGUGCGUGGACUGCAUCGAAUUAGCGUGCUUCAAGUGCAUCAGGAGCACCCACGCCACACACGAGAUUGAGGCGAUAGACGACCUGUUCAAUGGAGAUGAAGGUGUUGUGAACUCAAUGGGGAAAAUACAGACCAAGAUGCAGGAUAAGAUUUCCGGAUUGAAGAAUUUAGCCAUGAUAUUCAACGACUUUUCGAGUUGGAUUGAUGACGUAAUCAACGUGAAGAAUGAUUUGGAUGAAUGGAAAGAAGCGCUGCAGGUUCAGAUAAUUUCUGCCGACAAAAAUUUUCAGGUCUGGAAGGAUUCGGUCUCCAAUGCCGACGAGAAAAAGAGACUUGAGUUCAUGGAAAUUCUACGUCGCCUUAAAUUAAAGCCUGCAGUACACUCAAAGUUGCCAGAAAUCACAGCGAAGCUGGGAGCAGUUGUCAAUAAGUCCCGUUCGUUAAAGAUGCCAUCAAAUCCGCAUAACCUCUUGCCGGAUGGACAACCUUGGACAGUAACAAACAGUGAUGAAGGCGAGCGAGCUGUACGUAGUCUGUUGAACAAUAGGAAGCCCAGCCGCCUCGUAGUGAUGUCCCUCCACACGGACCCCAUCCCGCGGCUCGGUGAGCUUCUGGAACGGAUUGUUGCCAACGACACCGGCGACCUGAGCGUGGUUGACCUGAGCUACUUCUGGAGGCCCCAAAACCAUGCAGAUCCAACUUCAGGAAGAUUCAUCAAAAAGUUUGGAUGCUGGCUCAGCGCCCUGUACGGCUCCCCAUACGAGGUCCUGAACUACAUGAGGCAGCGACGACGCAAGCCUCGCAUGUUCGGCCUUCGCUUCGAAAAUUCGCAUGCCCUUGACUACUGUAUAGGAAAUAAACUGCCUGCAUGUGAAGACGUUUGCUGCGUCCGAGGAGUGCCGUACAACACUAGACUUAAAGGAGUGCCUUACAGCCUUGGCACUACACUUAAGGAUCUCGGCUGGAAAAUAAGCCGCUGGCACUUCCCUCACCUAGAAGACGGUGACUUGGAUUGGGUGUGCAAAAUCCUUGAACCCUUCAAAGAUUGCAGCUUGAGUUUGGUCAUCCCGAGCGACCAUCUCACUGGGUUGGGCAGUCGCCGGCUGGUUGAGAUGUUUCCCAACGCAAAAUACAUUUACUGCGACCCGCGCCCUAAACUUCCCACCUCUGCUUCUUCACAAGCAUCGACGUCGGCUGAAGAUGCGGUGCCACAGUGGUGCCUUUCACGAUCAAAAUUCACUGAAUUAACCACAGAUUUAAUCCUUCAGUGGGUGAAUAAUGCGGCGAGUAAGUAAGAGCCAGACUCGGUUAAAGCAAGCAUUAUGUUUGCUUGCUUAUGUUCCAAGCAUACGCAAAACAUUGGUUUUAAUGGUAUAACCACUGCUGAACUAGCAUCUUUAAUAAUGAACAGGUUAUUAUUCAAAGACCAAGAAGUUUUGUGCCGCUUGCUAGCUCGAUCAUUUUAAAUAUUCGAUAUCAGGCUCAAACAAACUUCGGGAAAAUGAACGAUAAGAAAUUCCAAUUGCAUCUUCUCUAGUUUCAAAACCUAACAGAAAUCAUUUGAUAAUCUGACAUCAGCACAUCCCUGUUUUGAUUAAACGCUUCUGGUAAAAUAAAUUUCUAUUACGAGACAAAUGUUCUGAAAAAAACAAUUGAAUCUUCCCAUCUGGGUAUCAUGCAGGUGAAAGAAGAAUAUUAUCUUCAACAGGAGAUUCAUAUUAAUUUGAAUCGUGCAAAACCUAUAUAAAUCCAGUGCGACUGAAUGUAUGAGGCAGUAUACCAGCAAUCGUGUGCCACAUGUAAUUUGUUACUGGAUUAGUCACACUGGUAUGGAAGUUGUGAAUCCAGUUUUUGAUGAUUUUUGUGUUCUAUUGAGAUAUUCUGUUGACGUAAUGUCAACUUUGUCUAAAAUUUGUUAGAAAUGAAUUGGCAAGUUUCUCUUUUAAUUCCAGUCAUUACAUGCGAUGAUGUCGCAUUCACGUGGGAUUCGAUAAGUUUUUCUAUUAAAUUGUGCUUUACCGAACUAAA